AUUGGUUAGAGCUGACUUCGUGUAUGCCACCCUCGGCAUAAGGCUACAGUAGUAAAGAUGGACGAGGCCUCUCUCACUGUCAACAAUGAGCUGGACGCUGAGAUGGUCAUCAGCUGGCUAUCAGACCACUGCUAUCAGUGUGUGUACCAGCCCCUGGGUGUGGUGCCAGCAGGCCCUGGACCAGGCAUACCCAGCUCAGUGGACUUCACCGUGGGCACACAGCAUGGCAUCACCCUGCAGUUCAACAGCAGCCUCGUCAGCCUGGAACUCUGCAAGGUUCAUUUCCACUUCUGGGAGCAUGGUAACUACUCUCUGUGGGUCAAGAACCUGAAUGACUCAUCAGUGGUCAACUGUUCCAUAAUCACUGACACAGAACCGGUCAACAGCUACCUGCCCAUCAUGGUGGCCUUCUGUUGUUCACGGGACUGGCUCUACUGUCUGCUGUUGGAGGCACAGUCAUGGGGCUGGAUGUGGUGAAGAAUCUGAUGUUCCGAUUGGCAACUCCAUGGAAACUGAGAGACUCAUCAACUCAGAGCUGGGGUUUCCAGGCAGGACGGUGGAGACGGCACACAGACACCAUACUCCCCACCGCCGCGCCCCCAGCCGGAGGCUCCGAUCCCUGGACACUUUCAGAGGGUUGUCCCUGGUCGUCAUGGUGUUUGUCAACUACGGAGGAGGGAGGUACUGGUUCUUCAGACACGAGAGCUGGAACGGUGAGUCCACCGUUCAGAAUAGGAAAAUAUUACGUACACACUUCUAGUGGUUUUUUAUCAGGUUCUGGAGAUCCAACAUAUGUUAAGGAAAAAUGAGACUGAAGUUAGAGGACUGCAUUGUUACCAUGACGAUAUCCUCUCUUCACAGGCAUCACAGUUGCUGAUUUGGUCUUCCCCUGGUUUGUGUUCAUAUGGGCACGUCUAUAUCCCGUCUGUCAGCUCAGCCCUGCGGUGUGGUUUGUCACGUUUCUCUCUCUUCACCAAGGCAGUCUGGAGGAGUGUUCAGCUCUUCCUCAUAGGACUCCUCAUCAUCAACCCCCUACUGCCAGGGACCACGUCAGUACACACACACGUACAGA